UAACAUUCCAAAUUCAAAUCGGUAAACGAACACAACGGACUGUAUUUGUAAUUAAAACCUUUAUACCUUAUUAUCUGUGAUUAUCUUCGUGCGUUAAUAAUCAUGGAUAAUUUAAUAAAGCCUCUGUGUCAAAAUUAUCCUAAACAUUGCGUAUUAAAACAAAAAAGUCCGAGUUAUGUAGAAAUGUUUACGAAAUCUAAAAGGGAUAUUGUUCUUGUUUGCAAUAAGACUAAACAAGCAUCUAUUGUAUCCGAUAAUUACACAAAAAACAACAGAAAUGAAUCUGAGGAGUUGGAGCUAACCGGAUCGCCACUGAAACUUGAUCUAAGUUUACACACAAUAUUGGAUGAUACAAUGAUAACUGAUGAACCAACUCUAUGGAGUAAGGAAGAGGGAACUCAUACGCCUUUGAACAUUGAAACAGCUCGGGAAAUAGCAAAUCUCUACAACAAAAACCGAGACCAAGUAACAACAGAGGAUGCAAUACCAUUAUGGGUAUUGACCAAUCCUAUUGAAGAAGGGAAACCUUUAUUACUUACCAUCCAAUCAGACAGCACACACUUUGCUAGAGGACUGGUCACCUAUGAGGGAAGUAUGAACCAGGAUGACGUGGAUUUGGAUCUGUUGACAGAGGAAUAUGCUAAGCAGGAAGGAUUAAGUUCUGAUAUGAUUUCAACAAUAAUAGACUGCAAGUACUUAAUAGCUGGUAUGUCGUAUGGCUCUCAUAACACAGAUGAGCUGGUUAACGCUCCACACGGCGGCAUCACAGAGCUGCGCUGUGAAUGGUCAGGCAAAAGCUUACAUACACCAUUUAUCAGCUGUAAAGUUAAUUUUGAACAAGAAGUUAUAGUUGGUCAUCUAGCAAGUCCUUGCAAUGCAAUCUGGAGGUCUGUUUGUGCACUACACAAUAUGAACCAGCUGUUAGUGGACAUGACGGCGGCAGGUUUAUCAUCAGUUAAUCUGGAAACAGCGUCAAUUAGACACAACGUCCCAGGCUCAAAACGUCCUAACAAUUCCAAACGCGUUAACGAGUUACUGAACGAGACAGAAACGUACGCGUACACAGCCGAGUGUCCCACAGGCGGGUGUAUAUGUGUCUCUGAGGAUACCACUACACUACGACAGUGUCUUAACGAUAUGAACACCAUUGGGUCUAGCAAUGAUUUUACUUAUAAACUGUGGGAUAUUUUAAGAGAUUGUGAGACUGCAGAGGAAUUGAUAACAUUGUUGAUUCAAGCCCUCAAAUUCAUAUCGUCAGGAAAAAUACGACCAUUUAUAGACGCCAACAACAAGACGUACCUAUCAAAAUUAGUUCUAAAGCUAUCGCGAGGCCACUCCCAAGCAUCGAAAGUACUGAAGAAUCUCCGUUCAAGUCCACCACAAGCGUUAUCGUUGGUUGCUCAAGUGGGUACGGAGAAGACCAUGUGGGAAUACACUAGGACAAUGUCUCUUCUAGAACAUUCCUUCUUUAUCGCUGGGAUUUGGAAUAACGAUGCAAGAACCCAUGAAUCGAUAGAACAAAUAAACCAGACGAUCCAAGACAUGACUAUGAGCGGCGGUGACUUCACACUCAACCCUUUCGAGAGUCUAACAAGUGCUGAACAUUCCAUACGCUUGGACUGCGAGUCUUUCUAUGAGGACGACCCGAAUGAGCUGACCGUCGAUGACUUUGCUUCGUUGAAGAAACAUGGACUUGUCAGUGAGAAGAAGGAUGUUAAUGAGGUACCCUUAAUAACAGACGAGAUUGACAUAAGUCCGUGGAAGGGUUUGCUGAUGAAGUUCGCGCAGGUCCAUGUGUGUUUAGAACAUCUUCAUCGCGCUGAAAAUUGCUUGAGAGUAGAUUUUGCCAGUCUAAAACCCAUAGCAUCUCGUCUUCUAGAACAUUAUGUAUCAGAGAAGUCACCAAUAAGGACUGUGGGACAAUUGAUGAGUGACCCCGUACAGAGGAUCUGCAUGCCUAUAGCUAACAAUAUAGUGCAGGAUCAUUUGAAGAAGCCGGCCUUCUGGUAUCGCGUUGAGAUGACAAGAAAAGAGAAUGCUGGAACGAAAGGUUUGCAGAGGGAUUCCAAAACUGUCUUUGUAUUCUCGCAACAACCCGUGUUUCCACCAGCUGUGUGGCAGAAUUUAGAACCUCCUACGGAGGAUCUGGCUGAAGUGACAACAAUGGGAGAAGAGCUGAAGUACCACAUAACGAAAUAUGUAUUUAUAAGCAACAAGAUUGUGAAUAAAUUGCCUUUUUGAUACACACUUGGUACUAGUACCUAUUUACCUAUGUGAAACAGUGCCUUGAAUCAAUGUAUAGACAAAUAAAAGUAUUUUUAGUUUUGUUAUA